CGAUAUGAACUUUUUUUCUUGUUUAUGAUAAGAAAUGCGAAGGAUAAAUAAUAUAAAUUGUCAAGUGGGGGAAGGCAGGAAUGACGGAUGAGCGGGCCUUUACACCAAAUUAGCGUGUUCAGUCCACCACCGAAAGAUACGUUCCAGUUCUUCCCUUCCCUCCCCAACUCCCACUCUACUUGUUCUUCCCAAAUUAACCUUCAUAUAUCCUUUCCAUAUUUGAUAUAAAGCUCUGGUCAAACAGUUAGGGGCAUUUGUGUAAUCCUAUCCUACACCGGCAUUCAGCAAGAACAUCCCAGAAGCGACGGGCAAUAGCGUAAAUUGAGGAUGUAGAAGGUAGUGGAUUUCUUCUCGGAACCGCGUCAUAGAAAGGAGAAACCAAGAAAGCACGAACUUUUUUUUAUCAGAAAUUGCAUGCCAAUUGCCAAACUUCCUUUCUCUCUCUUUCUCCUUACCCGGUACCCCUUCAUAUUCUAAUAUAAACCUCUACACACACAUAUUGUAUGUAGCCGUUUGUUUCUUCACUCGGGCCGACACUUUGGAACAUUUUCCCUGAAAAUAAUAUUUUCCUCGGAAAAGUUCAAUCUCUCUCCCUCAAAACAUUCAUCAUCUGGCAAUGUACCUAACGGAAAUCUCCAACUUUUCUUCAUUCUCGCCAUUUCGCGUGGCUAAGAAACACUCUGUUCCCAACAAUUUGGACCUCAUCUCACUCUCCUUCGAUGACGCUCUGCUUUGCCGCUUGAAAACGCUGACUCCACCGUCGAUCAGCCUGUCUUGGCUCUCCAAGGCCGUCGAUUUCCUCGCCUUGGCUCAGUCCGAAGCCAGAGUUCUCAUCUCCAAUCUCAAAGUAGCGGCUCUCGAUGAUUCGCUUGCUUGUUAUUUGGACGACAGCGUCAAGCUCUUGGACCUCUGCAACUCCGUCUCUGCCGACAUCGAACGCUUUCGCCAGCGUCGCCUUCUUCUCACCUUCGUUCUUCACCUUCUCGGCGACGGGAAUCAGUCUCCGGAGAAGCUCCGUCGAGCCAGCAAAGCUCUCUCCGACUUCGAGCGCUGUGCUUCGGACCUCGGAAAACGGAGCAAUGCGGAGGUCUUGGUCAGAGAUCUGGCCACGGGGCUCCGCAACGUGCCACGCGGCAAGGCCUCGAGCGUCGGGAAGCUCGUGCGUCGAACCGUGCAAGCCGUGGGAUUGGUGACCGUGUUCGUCGCCGGAGUCGUGGUGGCGACGAUCCACGGAUCUCCUGAGAUGGUAAGGGUCGGAGUGCCGGCGGAGUUUUCAUGGGCCGAGUCGUUGAACGAGUUGGAAUCGGAGGUGUCGGCCGAGUUGAAACGGCGAUUCGGGGGCGAAAAGGACAAGAAACAGAAAGGCCUAUUGCAGGAGUUGGAAGACGUGGGGACACGUGUAAGGGAAGCGUGUGAGGUCAUUGAUGACCUGGCAGGAGUUGCGGUAGAGGAGGAGGAGAAGAAACGGCUAAACGAUGUCGUAAAAGAGCUGGAGAGGGCAACUGGGUCGUUUUCGGAUGGGUUGGAGCAGUUGAGUAAUGGCGUGAAUGAGAUGUUCAAUGGUGUUUUGUGUAACAGGAACCACAUGCUGGAGAAGGUGAGAGAGAGAGGAGUGGGGCCAAAAGCCAUAAACAAAACUUAAAGCAAGAAAGAGACGAACGAACAAACAAAGAGAAGCAAAACCACACCCGAAUCAAUCAAUUACAAAUAGAAAGAGAGAUAGUGAAAUUUCAUUAGC